GGGUGCGCGCGCGCGCUGGCUCGCUCGCUCUUUGGCGGUGGCGGAGGAGAGGCGCUUGCUCGCCGGCCCGCCCACCUACCCACCCGGCGAGUAAGUAAGUCGCCGGGCGGUGAGGAGGAGGAGAACCCUUCCCGCCCGCCACCCGCUCCGACUGGGCUGCCCAAGGAGGGGCUCAACCUGCACCUUUCGGGCGUGGAGGCUUUGGGAGGCAGCUUGAGUUUUCUUUCCUCCUCCUUGUGAGGACCGAGCCGCUGAAAGUCGAGGUUCCAUUGCUCUUUGUUAUCUCUGCAUGAAGACCAACUUCCAAAGGAAAAAGACACCUUUAUCUUGGAUUUUCCCACAUUCAAAGAUCCAUGGAGAGCCUCCAUGAAUAGAGGAGCUUCUCCUUUUUAAUAUGAGCUCAGUACACAAGAGCUCCAUGGUGCAGUUGUUAAACUGCAAUACUGCACUCAACUUUGUUUAUGACCUGAAUUCAUUCUUGACACGUUCAGGCUUCUGGCUCAAAGUUGACUCAUCCUUCCAAGAUAACGUCAGUGAAGAUUCUGAGUUCAGAGAACCUUCUCCCAUUCCGAGGAAUAUAAUGGCCGAACCAGAUUACAUAGAUGAGGACAAUCCUGAACUAAUUAGACCCCAGAAACUAGUUAAUCCUGUUAAAUCAUCCCGAAAUCAUCAGGACCUUCAUAGAGAACUUCGUAUGAAUCAGAAAAGGGGCCUGGCUCCUCAGAACAAGCCUGAGCUUCAGAAAGUGAUGGAAAGACGAAAAAGAGACCUGGUUUUCAAGCAGAAAGAAGAGGAGGCACAGAAGAAAAAAUCAGACUUGGAAAUAGAGCUACUCAAACGGCAACAGAAACUAGAACAGCUUGAACUGGAGAAGCAGAAGAUCCAGGAAGAGCAAGAAAAUGCACCUGAAUUUGUCAAAGUGAAAGGCAACUUGAGGAGGACAGCUCAAGAAUCAGCAGAAGCCCAAAAUUCUUAGAGGAUUUUUUUUUGAGGGACUUGAAAGCUUUUAUCAAGUGGCUGCCAGGGCAGGACAUCUGCAGAAUGUCUCACCCUCUUGCCCUGGAUUUGGGUGGGAAAUGUGGUCAAUACGAGGUCAUUUUUUAUUCUGGAACCUGUGGAUUAAGAACUGCAUGACAGAUAAAACUCGCCAAUAAUACUAUGGAGAUCAGAGGAUAAUCAAGCAACCCGUUGUCACUUGAGAGACCUGCCCAAAAUACUUGACCGGAGAAACAAUAUGAGUUGUUUGCAUUGCUUGCUUAUUCCUGAUCCAACUCAGGCUAAUGUGUGUGUGUGUUUUUUCUCUCCUCUUGUUCUUAACUUUGUAGAGUUCUGCCAUGCAGAAGAACAAAGUAUUGUGAAACCACUUCUCAUUUGCAUCCUGUAUGGAAUGCCUGCUUCGGAAAUGAACUGUACCCAUUUCCCCUCCCCUUCAAGUCUGUAGUGUAAACACAAAUUCCUUUUGACUUGAAAUUUAUUUUGUUCACUAACUAGUGUGGGUACUUCAUCACUAUCAAAAAGUAAGUAGGAAAGGCUCAAUAUACUGCAUCAUUGAACAGAUAAAAAGUGUUUUUAGUCACCUCUGCUCACAAAUGAAUGGCUGGUAUUCCUCCCGUCCCCAAGCUUGUUGGCCAGCUGCACCACAUUAAUGCUCUGUAUUGUUCACCUGCUGUGUCUAACUGGCAGCUGACUUUUUCUUUCAUCUAUUCCUCCACACAACCAUGCUUCUAGUUUUGUAACCAGGCUACAGGGAUGGAUUAUGUUUCUUGACAGCAGCCUUCUUCUAUGUCACAUGAUAUAUUGUUUCUCAGACUAAGGGAACUUGGGAAAAAAAGUUUGUGAGCAGAAUAGAGAACUGCUCUUCUAAGAAGAAAAAUGUUAAACUUGAAUAUGCCUGCAUUUGGGGCAUAUCCUUUGCUCUAUAGGAUUUUCAUUGUUCUGCAAAGUAUAAGAGCUGGGCAACAUGUGGCCCUUCAGAAUUUCCUGGACUUCAGCUCCCAUAAAUCCUACCCAGCAUAGCCAAUGGUAAGGGAUAAUGGCAUUUGUAGUCCAGCAACUGAAAGGCCACCGAUCUCACCAGCCUUGUGGUGGAAAAGGUAAAAUAAUGCCUGCCAAAGAAUGCAGUGUUUUGAUGCUGAAAGCCAACAUUAAUUCUCAUGUUGGUAAAUGAGAUCUUUAAUGCAUCUAUAUGGACAUAAGCCCCACCGAGUUCAGUGAGACUUAAUUUGCAGAUAUGUGCAUAUAGGAUUGGAGUCCAACUUGCUCAGUCAUCUAGGACCAUCUUCAAGUCACUUGAUUAUGUGGUAAUAUACCAUUUUUAGUAGGAGCAUGACUAAAAUCCAGAGACAGAAGAUUACAUUCAGUAUUCUUCCUUCUUAGAGGAGACCAGUUGAAAUUAAUGGAGUUUGUUGGUUAAUGGUGAAUAGUCAGCUAAAUUGUAAGUCCCAUGGCUGUUUUAGAUUGGAAUAACGUUAGAUUUCGCUCAGAACUGCAUAUUUUCCAGAGGGGGGAAAAAUCACUCUCUAGAACAGUGGUUCCCAACCUUGAGUCCCCAGAUGUUUUUGGACUAAAACUCCC